AUGAGUGCUUCCAUCACUGAUCAGUGCCCUAAGGACACUGAACCUGCUGAAGAUAUGCUUCUGGAGGAACUACAUCAUCAUUAUUUGGAGAAGAGAACUGAAAAGAAGAGAAUGAUAGCGUUGGGAUUCGAGGGUUCAGCCAACAAAAUUGGAGUCGGUGUUGUCACACUUGAUGGCACCAUCCUCUCCAAUCCACGCCACACAUACAUAACCCCUCCCAGUCAAGGCUUUCUCCCAAGAGAAACCACUCAGCACCACCUUCACCACGUUCUUCUACUCGUCAUAUCCACUUUGGAAACCGCCAACGUCACUCCCGAUGACAUCGACUGCAUCUGCUACACCAAGGGACCUGGAAUGGGUGCUCCCCUUCAGGUCUCUACUGUCGUCGUUCGCGUCCUCUCUUAUCUUUGGAAGAAGCCCAUUGUUGCUGUCAAACACUGUGUCGCUCAUAUCGAGAUAGGUAGAGUUGUCAUUGGUGCCGUUGACCCUGUUGUGCUUUAUGUUAGUGGCGGUAACACUCAGGUCAUUGCAUACAGUGAGAGUCGUUACAGAAUCUUUGGUGAGACCAUUGAUAUUGCUGUUGGUAACUGCUUGGAUCGCUUCGUGGUGGUUUUGACACUUUCCAAUGAUCCCAGUCCUGGUUACAACAUUGAACAUCUUUUUUAUGAAUUCAUUGUUGGCAAUUUUCCUUAA